AUGUUUCGACUAGGCACUGCAUCGCCUGACAAGACCUUUGUGGGCCUGAAAACGAGGCGAGUCAAGUGUGAUGAGGCCAAGCCUCGCUGCGGACAAUGCCUCAAGAGCGGGAGGGAAUGCACCUAUGCUCAAUCCACGGAAGAUGCGGUGGCCACUACUGGUUCGAGUGGCCAAGAGGCUACCACCUCUCCUGCCCAACCCCGGGCCUCCGUAAUCGCGGAAUCUCCUGUUACCCGCAAGUCAAUCGGCGAUGCGGAGACAAGCAUGUAUGGGGAAUCUCCUGAAUUGCGUUUUGAUCUAUCGCCCCUGGCCCUGUCGACUUCGCUUCCGUCACCAAAUUCAGCACCUUUCGAGUGGUAUGACCUCCUAGCCGAGGACGCCAUCAACAACAUCCAGAAACACAAUCUAGGGUUCGCUGAGAUCAGUUUGUCAAGAAGACAAAGCCCGGUUCCUGAGGCCGAAGACGAAAUCGACCCUCAACUCCAACCAGCCGGACAAAGGCGUCCCGCUGAUGCCACGUUCGAGCCAUGGAGGUCUCCAGACAUCAUUGCUUUGAGCGAUGAUGAACUCGGCCUCUUCCACCAUUACGUUAACGUACUUGGACCAAUUCUAGACCUGUUCGAUCCGCGAAGAAACUUUUCCAACCUUGUACCAAAACUUGCUGUACACAAUGUUGGCUUGCUGAAGUCGCUGCUAGCGGUUGCGGCUCGCCACAUGGCGCUGCUUUCCGAUUAUCAAACGGCACAAAACACUUUCAAUGUCCAGACACCAGUAUCACAGGAGUCGAACGGCCUAAACAACCACAACCCCUUCUUUGAAGUUGCAACGCAGUCUUAUUACGAAACUCUACAGUACCUGUCUCAAAACUUAUUAUACCCUUCAUACACAAAAUCGACAGAAAUCAUCGCGACCGCGAUUUUGAUUUCGACGUAUGAGAUGUUCGAUGCAUCUGGAAGAUACAGCGAUGGAGGAUGGGAGCGUCAUCUGCGAGGUAUCUUUUGGAUUCAAAGAUCACAAGAUAACAACGGCGAGACCAAAGACGGGCUCCGCAGGGCUGCCUGGUGGAUGUGGUUGCGACAAGACAUAUGGGUCGCCUUCCGCGAGAAUCGACGCGUUCUUACCAUCUGGAGGCCAACAAAAAGGUUGGUCGACCUCACACCCGACGAACUGGCCACACGGAUCAUCUACAUAUGCGCGCGAUGCGUCGAUUAUGCAGCAAACGAGAAGCAUUACGAGAUGAACAUCCGGAUCGACCAAGGCGAUAAACUUCUUCAAGCUCUGGACGACUGGUACAGGAUAUUACCAUCAUCUUUCCAACCCAUAUAUGCACACUCGGUGCCCCAAAAUGGCUUAUUUACGCCUAUAUGGAUUCAUCCGCCUUCGUAUGCUGCAGCCAUUCAGAUGUUCCACUUCGCUCGUAUAGUCGUACUUAUAAACCAGCCGUCGCUCGGAGGCAUGAGUGAGUUUAGUCGGCGGCAACGGUUGCUGGACGAGAGCGUUGAAACGAUCUGCGGUAUCGCACUGAUGCACCAGGGCAACAAUUUGCCCGGCGCAUUCGUAGACUACCAAGCUCUAUACGCAGGUGAGUGA